AUGCAUUGGAAGUUCGCUCUUCGCACGACUCUAUUCUUCGGGGUGGUUUCGAGGGGCAUAAUCGCUGACAAGCCAUCGACCAUAGAGGUACGCGAGACAGUCACAUCAAUAAGCGGUUGUCCCUUCAACAUUUCCGCCAGUUUCAACGCGGACCUGACCGUCCUCGAGAUUGCGUACUCACGCAACGAUCUCUCUACCGAGGUGGAGGGUUCAUAUACUUGUUUUGGCUGGACAAGGUUUGCACACACGGGGCAAGAUGUGGAGAUGCUUCUGCCAAGUGCGAAAGUCCAAGGCAAAUUAGCAAUACCUGAGGGUACUUCUCUCAGGGUGGAGACGACGUUGUCUUGGUUCAACGAUCAACGGCCGCAAAACUUCUCAACUGCGAGGCUAGAAGGUCCUAGUGAGGCAAUCUCCAAAGGCAUCGAGAAUACGGAAGUCCAUCCAAGCGUCUGCAGGACGGGGAAAUGGCGCGAUCUUUCUGACGGCUUGUCCAUCAAAUCCGAAGUCUUUGUGAAGAAGAAUGGGAACUCAUCUUCGAACCCCGCGCCAGUGGCCGUCUCGAAUAUUGUGUAUUCUUUUGAUAUAGUGUGGAAAAACGGAUGCUCGCUCCCGUCGCCGGGAUGCUUUUUCGAUAGGACAGGAUGGGGGUAUUGCCCGCGCGGAAGCUGA